GAUGUAUGAAUCGGCGAACGUCCCCGACGACGCAGAUCGUACGGCUUUUCGGCGAGCAGAGAAAAAAUACAAGCUUUACUAUGAACAGGAUUCAAAGUUCUCUAGAAAGAAGAAGCUUCCAAAACCGGUUGAUUUGUCGGCGUUGCUCGAUUUCGAUUCGAUCUUACAAAAUUUCUACAAGAAUGGUGUUUUGCCAGACGGAAUUAAGGUUGCGGAAGCUGAUUCCCCGGUUUUCUGCAUCGAGAAUCGCCCCGGGUUUUACUUUAUCCCUGGUGCAUUGAGUUUGGAGGAACAAUGUAAAUGGAUCAAAGAGAGCUUGAAGAACUUUCCACAGCCUCCAAAUAGAACUAACCACAAUGCAAUUUAUGGUCCCAUUGCUGAUUUGUUUGAUUCAGCUAAAGAAAACAAAGUAUUGGUUCAGGAGGAUCCUGCAUCCGAAACUUGUAUCAACCACAACAGAUGGAAGUUCUAUGACGAUGAAGAAGAUAUCGCGAAAGCAAAACGAAGAGGUUGCAAAUCAGUUUCCGCUUCACUUCUUCUAAGGAAGCUUCGAUGGAGCACACUCGGUUUACAAUUUGAUUGGUCCAAGCGCAACUAUGAUGUUUCUCUCCCUCAUAACGAAAUCCCUGAUGCACUUUGUCAACUAGCUAAGACACACGCCGCCAUUGCAAUGCCUAUCGGAGAGGAAUUUCGUCCAGAGGGUGCGAUUGUAAACUAUUUCGGCCUAGGUGAUACCCUUGGAGGCCACCUUGAUGACAUGGAAGCUGACUGGAGUAAACCCAUAGUGAGCAUGAGCCUUGGAUGUAAAGCUAUUUUUCUCUUAGGCGGAAAAUCAAAAGAUGAUCCUCCUCAUGCUAUGUAUCUCAGAAGUGGAGAUGUUGUACUAAUGGCUGGAGAAGCCAGGGAAUGCUUUCACGGCGUACCCCGUAUCUUCACGGAUGAAGAAAAUGCGGAUAUUGGGGCACUUGAAUCAGAACUGUCCCGUGAAAGUGGACAUUUCGUCGCAGAGUACAUCAAAACUUCGAGGAUCAACAUAAACAUCAGGCAAGUUUUC